GCCCCUCAACCUCACGGGGGGCGAGCAGGGCCCCCCGUUCCUGACCGACGCCUGGCUCGUCCCCCUGUUCUUCGCUUUGAUCAUGUUGGUGGGGCUGCUCGGGAACUCGCUGGUGAUCUACGUGAUCAGCCGGAAUCGGCAGAUGAGGACGGUCACCAACUUCUACAUCGCUAACCUGGCAAUGACAGAUAUCAUAUUCCUGGUAUGCUGUGUGCCAUUUACAGCCACUCUCUAUCCCUUGCCUAGCUGGAUAUUUGGAGACUUCAUGUGCAAAUUUGUCAACUAUUUACAACAGGUUACGGUCCAGGCAACCUGUAUCACGCUAACCGCAAUGAGUGUGGAUCGUUGCUAUGCGACCGUUUAUCCGCUCCAGUCACUUCGUCACCGCACGCCCAGGUUGGCAAUGGCAGUCAGCAUGGCCAUCUGGAUUGGUUCCUUCAUUCUGUCUGUCCCCAUGGCUACGUACCACCGAAUAGAGUGGGGCUACUGGUAUGGACUGCAGACUUAUUGCAUUGAGGCAUUCCCAACAGAUUCCCAGCAGAAAGCCUUUAUUGUGUACACAUUCCUGGCUGUCUACCUUCUCCCCCUGGUCACCAUCUGCGUGUGUUACACCAUCAUGUUGAAACGAGUGGGAAGGCCCAGGGUUGACCCCAUUGACAACAAUUAUCAGCAAGUACAUCCUUUAUCAGAGAGGUCGAUCGCUAUGAGAGCUAAGGUCACCAAGAUGGUGGUGGUGAUCAUAUUGCUGUUUACAGUCUGUUGGGGCCCCAUCCAACUCUUCAUCCUCUUCCAAGGUUUCUACACAAACUUCCAAGCCAACUAUGAGACGUACAAAAUUAAAACCUGGGCCAACUGCAUGUCAUAUGCUAACUCUUCAAUCAACCCCAUUGUCUAUGCCUUCAUGGGUGAGAGUUUCAGGAAGUCAUUCAAAAAAGCCUUCCCCUUUAUGUUUAAGAAACGAGUGAGAGACAGCAGUGUUGCCAAUGGUUCCAGAAAUGCAGAGAUGAAGUUUGUCACAGAGGGAGUCUUAAGUUCUUAGAAGGUGGCAAUUGACCAGAAAAUAAUGGAAUCCUCAGUAACUGAAUGUCUGAGUGGUGCAAGUAGAAAUUCUUCAUCAUUAACUCUACACGCCCUUCCUUUGAAUUAGUGACUUUUGCCAAAAUUCUAGUUAAUGAUCUAGUGAGUAAUUGUCAGUUGGAAUAGAGAACACCAUUCAGUCCAACGAAUCUAUUCCCUCCAAAGCUCAUCUAGCAUACUAUUCACCCAACCCAACUGAUCUAUCUUGGAAUUUACCUAAUCCAAUGAUCUACCAUGGACUUGAUCCCACCAUAGGGUUGCCAACCCUCCAGGAUUGGCCUGGAGUCUCCAGGAGUUGAAGAUCAAUCUCCAGGACACUGCUGUGUGCAGCCCUGGAGAAAAGCCAUCAGGAUAUUUAAAAAGAUUGUUUUUUUCUGUAAUUGCCUUUGUCCAGGUAUAAAAAUAUUGGAAAUGGGAAAAAGUGCUGUUUGGUUGACAGUCAAGCAUCAUCCAAUUGGGUAAGAGUCCCUUUUGCUUUGCAAUUG